AUGGCCUACACGUCGCUGCCUCCAGAAAUCAAUGUGCUGUUACUCGGGGACGCAGAGGUUGGAAAGUCGACGUUCUUAUCACGCCUGACCCUGGGUAUCCGGCCCCAAGGCGACAACCUCCCGCCUUACCAGCUGCCCAAGCUACGCGACAUGGACCAGCCCUACGCUUUUGACAUUACACUUUACGGCCGCUCUUAUAGACUGCAAUUCUUUGACACCGCAUCGCCCUACAAUUACACUCUGCUACACCCCCAAUUCGUGAUUCUUUGCUACGACAUCUCUUCGCGCGCCUCGCUCGAGUCUCUGGCAUCGACGUGGCUGCCCAUCGUGAACAAGCACUUCAACCAGGACGAGAAUCUGCCCGUCAUGGUCCUGGGGCUCAAGCGCGAUCUGAGGAAGCAGUGGACAAUAGAGGAGCUCGGGCCUGAUAGCAAGGGCAAGGGUCCCAGUGUCAUGCCGCAUGAAGGGGUACAGACUGCACAGGGUAUGCUAUGCGAUCGCUAUGCCGAGUGCAGUGCAUUGACGGGCGAGUUGUGUCGCGAGGUGCUCGAGGAUAUUGCCAAAACAUGUGCAAAGACAACCACCGAAGAGGGUGCAAAGAGCCAGGGUCCAGACAUGUGCCAUGUCAUGUAGUCGUGUGCACAGAGUCGGAGUAGAUUCUGAGUUCAACAUGAGCUACGUAGUCCUUGAACUCGGCAAAUCCAGCUGUGCAUACCAUACCACUUCCACACACGAUUGGUCCAAGAUAUCAGUCCGCUCCCACAAUCACAAUGCAUAGAGUACAAUAAACCGGCAAAAAGGAAGUGGUUCGUACACACCCG